UCUAACGGCGACAAUUGUGGAUUGUGUUUAUAACAAAACUGUUGGUUCACAAUGGCAUGUCCAUUCUCACGUGGGUAUGGGAGAGGUCGAGUGGAUGAGGUCAGCGAUGAUAAGCCAGAGAGGGCUGAGGAUUUCGGGAGGAAGAAAAACGAGAGGUUUAAACCAUCAAGACAAUCAUCGGUGCAGAUCACGUCGUCGUUGCUAGGGGAGGAGAUUGAUGAACAGGAGGACACACAGACUUUAAACCUGAAACAUCUGAGAGCUGCUGUUCUUGUUCUCACCAAUCCUUCGAACGAAGUAAUGGCCGUUGCCCUGAGCAGUCUUCUCAGCGAGAGCGACUUGCCACUACCAGAAUUGGCAUCACUAGAGAAGUUGCUGUACAAUGUCGAGAGUGAGGAGAAUUACAAUUUGCUGGAGGACAUCUGGGAGACACUGAACGAUUACUGUGACGUAGACGUUUGCGCAUUGCUAGAUCAAUUGGGCCAAGAAUUGAUAUCAACCGCCUGUGUGGGACUCCUCGAGCGGGCAUUUCGCUGCCUGGGAAAUGAUCUGACUGCAUUUCUAACCACCCUCGACGGCGUCAACGAUGUCGUUCAACACCAAUCGGGGCUGGACACUGAAGCAGAAUUUGUUUGCAUUGCAACACCCGAGGGACUCGAACUGCACUUUACCACUGACCACCCGUCCAUUGCCUAUCUACUCGUCGGCAGUCUCAAGGCUAUUGCCAGGAUAUUUUACAAUGAUAAUGCUGAUGUUUAUAUUCUACCAGAUCCCUACAACACAAAAUUUUUCAGAUACCGCAUCACACCGGAGCGUUAUGACCAGCUGGUGCUCCAAGAGCCACCAUCCGAGGAUGACUUUGACGUUGUGACACCAGCACCCCAUCCUUUAUCAACAGAGGCAGCUGAUCUGCGAAUGGGAGUUGCCAGUAUCUGCAAAGCAUUCCCAUGGCACUUUGUUGUAGAUAGAAAUCUCGAAAUUGUACAGCUUGGUGUUGGAUUUAUGCGCAUCUUCGGUCACAAUCUCAACAGGCAUGGACGUCAAAUAUCAACUUAUUUCGUAUUCACCAGGCCACGGGGUGUUACCUUAUUAUUUCACGAGAUUCUCAAACGCUCGAACACACCAUUUGUACUGACACUGCAAAAGCCACCGGGUGCUGAUAAAUUUCCAGCUGAGGGUCUGGAGCUGAAGGGUCAAAUGGUCCACUGUCCAGAAUCGGAUUCAAUUCUAUUUGUUAGUUCACCAUUUCUAAAUGGCCUAGAGGGGCUCACUGGACGGGGUCUCUUUAUUUCGGAUAUACCACUGCACGACGCAACAAGGGAUGUGAUACUCGUUGGCGAACAAGCACGAGCGCAGGACGGCUUACGAAGACGUAUGGACAAAUUGAAAAGCUCCAUCGAAGAAGCAAAUCUUGCUGUGGAUGCUGAAAGGGAGAAGAAUGUCAGUCUGCUACAUCUAAUAUUUCCACCGGAUAUUGCCAAACGACUAUGGCUAGGUGAAACCAUCGAGGCCAAAACCUAUCCUGAUGUGACAAUGCUGUUCAGCGAUAUCGUUGGAUUCACCGCCAUAUGUUCGACCGCAACACCCAUGAUGGUCAUCAACAUGCUUCAGAAUCUUUAUGAACGAUUUGACCAAUUUUGUGGGCAAUUGGAUGUCUACAAGGUCGAAACAAUUGGCGAUGCCUACUGCGUUGCAUGUGGCCUCCACAGAAAUACAAACACUCACGCCCAACAGAUUGCGUGGAUGGGUCUGAAAAUGAUUCAAACGUGUUCACAGCAUUUGACGCACGAGGGUAAACCCAUAAAGAUGCGAAUUGGCAUUCAUACUGGCAUGGUACUUGCUGGAGUUGUGGGGAAAAAAAUGCCGAGGUACUGUUUGUUCGGACACAAUGUCACCAUUGCCAAUAAAUUCGAGUCCACCAGUGAACCACUGCGGGUCAACAUCAGCCCUACAACGCAUGAAUUCUUAACACAAAGACCAGGAUUUAUUUUAGAAGAGCGGACCAAAGAUAACUUACCGAAAGAAUUCCCAGCAAGUACUCCAGGCAUCUGUCACUUUCUCAACGAUUACAAACAUCCAGAGGUCGACGAAAGUGCCCCCUUGGACAUUCACAUUCAAGCGGCCGUUAAAGAGCUGGAAAUUACCGUGUAGAUAAACAACUGAAAAUAAAAACUAAUUAUAAUUUUCAUCGUCGUUGAUGAUCGACAUUGAACCAAAAAAACUUUCAAUUCCAUUAAAAGACAAAUCAUCGAUGACGAGUAUACGAGUAUAUCGACGAUUCAAAUGAAUGAUAAACUGAAUAUAAUGUAUAUAAUACCCUAGGGACAAUGAGAUUUAAUGAAAAAUGAUCUCACUGACAAUGAUGUUUACCUAUAAAUUCACAUUUAUUGAUAUUAUUAAUACUGCAAACAUGUUUGAUGAUGAUUAUUGGAAAAUGUCGCCUAUCACACUGUUAUUAGUCUCAGCAAAUUUUUAUUAAUUAUUUGUUUGGAAAAUCAUGCUGAUAUUAUUUGUACGAGAUAAAUUUGAUCCAUUCAUUGUACACUAAUGAACGUGAAAAGUAAAAAUCUUCACCUCCUCAAGAA